AUGUUGACUUUUGAAACUACUCUAUCAAUCAAGUACAUUCUGCGCGGUUUUAUUCUUGGUCAAGUUUUGGCUCUUUGCAAUACAGGAACUGGCGUGACGAGUCAACUUCUCACUGACAAGCUUAAGGUUAACAUUCCUACUGCCCAGUCUUUCUUGACUUAUGGACUUGUAGCCUCUACAUAUGGCGUUUUCCAUCUUUGGACGAAUGGUUUGACUUAUAUUAAGUCAAAAGCUGGAUUGUGGUGUUUUUUUUUGGCCGGGACAGACUUUGCUGCUACAUUUGUUACUGUCAAAGCAUAUCAAUACACAUCUCUCGUUAGCGUUCAACUAUUGGAUUGUGUGUCAAUUCCUACCAUUAUGAUUCUAUCCUGUGCCAUUUUUAAGAGCAAAUAUCAAUUGCUUCAUUAUGUUGCUGUGAUCAUUUGCUUGUCUGGUGUUGGAAUAAUGGUAUUUGUUGAUUCUCAUGAAAAAGAAUCUCUUAUAGGAGACCUCAUGGUGGUCUGUGCUGCAGUUUUGUAUGGAAUCAACAAUGUUUGCUUGGAAUGGCUUGCUAAAGAUAUAGGAACUUAUGCUUACCUUGGCAUUUACUGCUGGUACGGUCUGGUUAUUUCUGGGAUCCAGAUGGCAAUUCUUGAAAGAGAGGCCCUGUAUUCUGCUCCUUGGCGUGAUCCACAUUUCUACUUCUGUCUUAUCGGAUUUUCUGUGUUCCUUUUCAUCUUUUUGUCAAUAAUGCCUAGGAUAAUGGUACAAUACAGUGCUACUGUGGCAAAUUUAAACUUGCUUGCUGCUGAUGUGUACUCAGCAGUAGCUGGUUACAUGAUAUUUUCACUUGAAUUUAGUCCCCUGUAUGUAGGUUCAAUAGUAUUGAUAUUGGGUGGAGUCUUGCUGUACAUUUACCAGUCACAUGCCGCACAAAGCCAGACAAUAUCACCAGAUGAUGUCGAACAGUCCUCCUCACUCGUUGACGAAAAUGUACCAGAUGUAACUUUAUGAUAUGGACAUUUUCUUAGAUUUCAUAUUGAGCUACAAUUUUAGUUUCCUAUAAUUUAUCACGAAGUUUUCUAUAUAUAGUAAUAUAUAGUAAUUUAAAUUUUUAUUAUACAACUAAAAGUUCACUCAACUAUACGCCAUUAUGAUAUAUGACUUAUCUGAUUUCUAUGCACAGUUUAGUGGUUUGACCUGCCAGCUUAAACUUGCUCAACGUUAAUCAUCACAUAAACAUCAUUUGCACUUUUUUAAAUGUAAUAAAUUAUUUUAGAUAAAACAUUACAUAAUAUUAUAAGUAUGCUAUGUAUAGGGGAUAUGUAUGUAUUACACAUCUUCAAGUUAAGUCCUUUUAUAAUGUUAACCAAUCACAUCUGACAAAGCUACCUUCCAGUUUAGGUUUUUAUCGAG